UUUACCACAUUGUCAUACAUUAUUAUGGGUUCCAUCACCCUUUAGAAUUCAAGAAGGUGCAGAUAUUGAUAAAUACAUUACCGUUGAGCUUCCUGAUCCUACACUUGAACCAGCACUAUAUAGGACUGUUACUACAUGCAUGCUACAUGGUCCUUGUGGUUCACUAAAUAUUGGUGCCCCAUGUAUGGUAGAUGAUAAACCGUUCAACCCAUUAACAACUUUUGAUGAAAAUGGUUACGUGCAUUAUAAAAGACGUGUUGGAUCAUAUCAUGUCUUACAAAGUGGGGUUAUAACUGAUAACGGCUUUGUAGUGUCGUACAAUAAACGUUUGUGUAGUCGCUUUGAUGCUCACAUCAAUGUAGAAUAUUAUGGAUGGAAUAUGAUGAUUAAGUACUUAUUUAAGUACAUUUCAAAAGGGGUUGAUCGCGUUCGUUUCACUCUUCAAACAUCAGAGGAAAAUAUUACUGCUUCUUCCUCUACCAUACCCGUCAUUGUAAAUGAAAUCAAGUCGUUUCUUGAUGGUCGGUAUAUAUGUCCACACGAAGCAGCAUGGCGAAUCCUCAAUUUUCCCAUUCAUGAACGAGAUCCACAUGUACAAGUCUUGGCCGUCCAUUUAGAGGGGAUGCAACCUACUAUUUUCAAAGAAAAUAGUCAAUUAGGCUCUUUAAUUGAUACCCCCAAUUAUGGCGUUACGACUUUAAUAGAAUGGUUGCACAAUAAUCAACGUGAUGUUCAAGGAAUUGACUUGACAUACAAUGAUUACCCUUCUAAAUAUAGUUGGGAAAACAAAGAUAAGAGAUGGGUUCAUAGGACUACCACGACAAAUACUACCAUUGGCAGACUUGCAUAUGUACAUCCAACUGCUGGGGAGUUAUUUUAUCUACGGAUUUUACUGUUCCAUCAAAAAGGAUGUAAAUCAUUCUAUGACAUUAGAAUCUUUCGUGAAAACACAUACUCAAAUUUUUGUGAUGCAUGUGAAGCGUUAGGGUUAACUGGUAACGAUAAAGAGUGGCUAACAGCAUUUGAAGAAGCAUCAUCUUAGGCAACCUCAUCUGAACUUCGUUCUCUUUUCUGUCAUCUACUUUUGUAUUGUGAAGUAGGAAACCCUCUUUUGUUAUGGGAAGUCGCAAAACCUAAAAUGGGCGAUGACAUAGCCCAUACAUUCACAUCCAAUUCUACAGAUCCCAAUGUAAUUCUACGUGUUGAUACACUAGAACAACAAAUACUUCUCGAAAUUCAAGAAACUCUACUAGCUUCAACACCUUCCAAAUCACUUACUGACUUUGGAUUGCCAAUGCCAUCUCCAUCUCUACUUUCCUUUCUCAGAAAUCGUCUUCUUCUUGAAGAGACUAAUUAUGAUACAAAUCUUUUGAAUUCUCAAAAUUCAUCCAUGGUAUCACAAUUAAAUCCGGAUCAACUUACAAUUUAUGAAAGAGUUAUGGAUGCAGAACACAACAAAAAGCAACUUCUAUUAUUUAUAUAUGGAGCUGGUGGUACAGGAAAAAAAUUUUUAUGGACGACUAUACUUUCAUAUUUUAGAUCUAGGGGAAAGAUUAUACUGGCUGUUGCUGCCUCAGGCAUUGCAUCCCUUUUGUUGCCUUCAGGUCGUACUGCUCAUUCUAGAUUUGUUAUUCCAAUUGACUUUACACACAAGUCUUCCUGUAAUAUUAAAAAACACAGCUAGCAGAACUCCUAAAGAAGACUUCUAUGAUCAUAUGGGAUGAAGCUCCAAUGAGUGAUCGUCGUUGCUUUGAGUUUCUAGAUAAAUCACUAAAAGAUGUCCUUGAGAAUGAUAACCAUCUUUUUGGUGGGAUGUCAAUGCUCCUAGGAGGUGACUUUCGACAAACUCUUCAUGUUCAACCUAAAAGUAGAAAAUCACAGAUAAUUAGCAUGACUCUACCUAAUUCCUAUCUAUGGUCACAUUUUACAGUAUUCAAAUUGCAUCAUAAUAUGCGUUUAUCCCAAACGGUCAAUUCAAAUAAGGAUGUUGAUCGAAUAUCACAAUUUGCUUCAUGGCUUCUUGGUAUUGGAAAUGGAAAUAGGAACACCAGACAAGAAUGAUCCAGAAAGCACAAACAUUAUACAAAUACCUCAUUGUUUCCUUAUCGAAUCAGGAGACAAAGGAUUAGAAUCGCUGAUACAUUUUGUAUAUGGCAAAAAUCUAUUUUCCAAUCCAUCACCUGAAGAGUUAUCUGUUAGAGCCAUUAUUUGUCCGAAAAAUGAAACAGCUGACCAAGUCAAUGCUUUAAUUCUAUCAAAAACUAAUAGUCAAGGGGUGGUAUACAACAGUUGUGAUUCUAUUAAAUCACAUACCCAUGAAAGCUUAGAAUUAGAUACCUUAUAUCCCCAAGAUUAUCUAAACAACUUUCACUUUUCUGGUAUUCCUUCACAUACAUUAAUUUUGAAAGUUAAUACCCCAGUUAUGCUAAUAAGGAAUAUCAAUCAAAGAGAAGGUCUUUGUAAUGGAACACGUUUGAUUGUCACACAAUUAUUACCAUCUGUGAUUGAAGCUUCCAUAAUAACAGGAAUAUCUGUUGGGAAAAGGGUGUACAUUCCAAGAAUAAAAUUUGUACAUAAUACCUCUGACCUACCUUUUAUAUUUAUCAGAAAACAAUUUCCUCUGAAAGUAUGUUACGCAAUGACUAUAAACACAAGUCAAGGCCAAUCUCUUAAAAAGGUAGGUUUAUACCUCACAAACUCUGUUUUCACACACGGACAACUAUAUGUGGCUUUGUCAAGAGCUACCUCACCAGAUUCAAUAAAGAUUUUGCUACAACAAGAAGAAGCAUUACCAUUCAACUGUACUAGAAAUGUCGUCUUCAAGGAUUUGUUAUGAAGGAUUAAUAUGCAAGAGAGCAAUCUCCUCAACCAUGGAUAGAAUAUCAAACCUUCAAUUUGGUUCACCAUGAAUUUCACUUGAAAUUCGUGUCUUGCGAAAAUGGACAUUGCAAUUUAGAAAGCACGAGACAUGGUUUAUCGUGAUUGAUGCGCAUGGAGGUACAAUUCAACUACUAGCACAAAAGACAAAUCAAGGAGGCAAAGAAACUUCAUUAAUAGUCUCUCGAUGUUAUCGUAUUAAGAACUAUACAUGCAUUGAGCCAAACAAAUAUCAAAAGGUGUUAAAUCACCCAGUACACAUGAAUAUUGGUGAAGCAUCAACAAUUGAGGAAAUUCCAAACCACAGUGCCCUUCCUCUAACAUGGUUCCGCUUCAGUCCAAGAUCACACUUUCAGAUUAUAGCAGACAAAAACUUAGAGCAUCCAGGCGUACUCAUCGACAUGAAAGAUCGCCAAAAAAAACAAGGAACCUUUCAUGGUUAUCACUUUAACUGAUGAAAAUUCAAGUGCGGAGGCGAUUACCAUACUCUUAUGGAAGGAAUGCAUAGAUUCGCCAGACAAAUUCAAUAGAAAUGCCCUUACAUCAAACUCUAACACGGUUGUACUAGCUUUCACCAAUGUCAAGUCCACUAUGUAUAAUGGAAGAUUAACAUUGACAAGAACCAGCGCAACACACAUGUACGUCAAUCCCAAAAUACCCGAAACAGACAAACUCAUUACAAGAUUUGGUACCCAAUUUCAAUCAAAAUCAACAACAGCUGUGAUAAAUACUACAUUACAACAUUUAAAAAGCUCAGAUUUCUCUCAAAUAGUGGACAAAGUAUACGUUUUCAAGUCCAUACUAUCUGAUAUCACAUUUAAAGAUGUAUGGUACCACGUAGCAUGUACCACAUGUGGUAAAUCAACCCACAAAAAAGGUGAUGGAUGGUUUUGUGUUUCCCAUGGGCCAAUAAAUGAACCAAAACUUUUAUAUAAAAUCUCAGUAGUACUCGUAGACAAUACAGAUACCACAACAGUUUUCAUGUCUAACGAAGCAAUUCGUACUUUGGUAAAUGCAAGUGCACAAGAACUCAUUGACCGCUUUCCCAGUCAAGAUAGAAAAACUUUGCCUGAACCACUCGAACGUUGUAAAGGGUUGACAAUGAAUGUCUAUGUGGAAUGCACAAAACUUUCAUCCACUAAUAAUAUAUGUUUCACAGUCACCACUAUCACUGACAUAAAGACUCCGCAACCAACAAUCAUAUCAACAAAAAAAACACAACCAACACCUGCAACAACAAUGGAACAACAAACCUCAACAACUAUGGAGUCCCUCACCCCUACUAAAUCACGUGAAACCGGAAAACGCAUUCAGAUGGAACAAAGAGGUAAAAACAACUUAAAACAGUUUAUUUAUAUCUUACACGUAACAACAUCUUACAUUUCACAGAUACACCAACAAAACCACGUCCCAAAUGAGAGAAAUACAAAAACCAUGGAAAAGAAGAGGACGGAACACAUGCCAAACAAUAUUGAAACUAUGUGAUCUUUUCACACCGUACGUACAGUUAACCUAUACUCUCUUUAUAUAUUUUGCUUUUCAUCCAUAUUCAAUAAAACUCUCAUAUUAUGUUAACAAACAAUAAUUUGUAAAUAUUCAAUAGAAACUAUCAUAUUAAAACAAAAAAAUACAAACACUUGUUGUAAUCAU